AUGAGUAUGAGGUGGACAUGUCCUGAAAUGCCCAAAGGGGAUGAGACAAUGUCUGACACACCUGUUGAAAACGGAAUAGAUGAUAAUGUUGAUGAAGGACCUUCGAAUCAAAGGGAAUCCGGAGAGCUUGCAAUGGUAGUAUAUGUUGCACCAGAGGACCCAGCUCAAGUAGACUUUUCAAUCCCGUCAUUCUCGCUUGGCAUCACUCAGAUGCACAUACUAGACUCACCGCCCAGAUCUCCGGUAACAAAUGAUCAAAAUGCGACUCCGGAACCUGAAUCACCAGAAAACAUAAAAACAAAAGCUGUGGUGGACACACUAAUGCCAUCUGGGGGUGUUGCAAGGCCGACAGGUGAUGACAUGAACAUGAUAUACAAGUGGGUGACAGAUCGGAGGGGUGCAAAGAAUACCACACUUGCGUGGAUUCGCAAUGGCGAUGAUGUUCAGCUACAGCGAGCAGAUCUUCAAUCACUGGGAUGGCGUAGAAGAGUAAGCGAUACGGUGGUUGAUUACUGCUGUGCCAUGUUCAAUACUUCGAGCAACGCAAGGUUUUGCACGCAUUUUUACUGUAUUCCACCGAGACUAAUGGCCAUAAUAUUGACUGAUGAUAACAUUGAACGAUUUGCCGGGACGAACACUGGUUUUGUCCCUGUUCUUAGCAAAUUCAUGGGCCGCGGGCAGCACUGGUUCGAUGCGGAGAAAGCGAAAAAAGUUGAUUAUUGGUUUGUUCCAGUGUACCGAGAUGAUCACUGGUGGCUAUAUGUACUCCAUCGGAAGACUGAUAACCUAUGGGUGUUAGACUCUAUGCACAAUGGCCCACACUCGGAGCGCCGAGAGAAAAUAGAUAAAUAUGUAGGCUUUCUUCUCCAAGAGUUGGCAGCAACUGUAGACUCGAAUGUAGUAUUCACAGCUGAGGGCUAUGAAUGUUGCUAUGAAACAAGGCUCCAAAAACAGCCUAAUGGGUGGGACUGUGGCGUAUACGUCAUUAAAUGGAUGGAAAUGUGGGAUCCAAAGAGCUUGGCAGAGGAUGAAUUGAAUAUGCCUAUUUGGACGACGGCCCAUCUGCAACAAAUUCGAAAAGAAAUUGUAACUGACAUUCUAAUUUGUAAAGACAACAUCUCUAGGAGUGAGGUAGAUGGUGUACUCAAUGUACCAUGUCGUCAUGUGGAGGAUAAGGGAAAGAAAAAAACUCUUGAAGAUCCUUGGACGAACCCACGGAUAAGAUCACUGGUUCGAAGGGCAGAACUGGCUAAGAAAGCCAAACGGAACUAUAAGCCAUAA